AUGGAGGCGUCCACUCUACGACUGCACCACGCUGAAGAGGAGCUGAUUGAAUGUUGGGAUGACGAUGGUGACCUGCAGUGGACGGAUGACAUACAAUUCCCUGCUGCUUCGAGCGCGACAUCUGUGACAAGCUCGUCAGUACGCCGCUCUGGACACCGUGAUUCCAUCUCAUCUCGCCGUUCAGCCCGUUCCGAUCUCGACUCCAACGCUGGUGACGAGGAUUGGCAGGUUCUGCUGCAAGAUAAUGACGAAGCCGCCACAGAGGAAGCCAUUGCGUCCGCCAAAGAUGCCGGCAUUCCAAUUCCACCCAAUGUCCCCAAGUCUGCCUUACUUGGGGGCGCGAUCAAGAGGCUCGGCCGUAGGAAAGUGAAAAAGAGUGCUGUUGAAGACUGGUCUGAAGACUUGGAUCUAUCAGAGGUCAAUGGAGAGCUGGUAUUGAGGGAACAUGAGACACGCAUCUUUCCCGACAGUCUGCGUCAAAUUGGCUCCGCCGUUACAAGCCCGGUCAAAUGUCACUCUCCGAACAUUUUUGAUAUAACAUCAUCGCCGCACUCUAGACCGACUGUACCCAACCUAGCCGCUUUCAAAGACUCCGAUGAUCUCCUCGAUAUGGGCGAUAUCCCCACAAUCAAAGUCCCGAAGCCGAGAGCGGCCCAAAGGCAGACUGUGCUGAACAAUCAGAAUGUCACCGAAGACACGGAUGAUUUCGAUCAUGGCCUCGAGUUUCCGGAUGACGGGACGCCUCUGAGACUCUCGACACGGAAGGACACUCCAGGUUCUUCAAACCAUACUCCGGAUGAUUUCGACCUCGAGUGGGCGGAAGGAAGCAUUGGCGUCCGUUUUGCGGGAACUAUGAGGGACGGUCGAUCAAAUCGCAGUUCUUCGGCCUCUGCUCUUAGUCCCAGUGUUUCUAGUUGUUUAACUGCUGAGAGUGAUGAUGGCUUGGAUGGUUUGGUCCUUCCUGAUGGGCCCUUGAAUCUCGAGGAAUCCCUGAGGAAGCGGCAAGAGUCGCAGCCUCCACAGGAUAUCCCCGACACGCCCUCGAAGGUGCAGAGGACGGAUCAUGCUUCAGCCAAGGAGGAUUUCUUCGAUGAUCUUGAGAUAGGAGACGGCGAUGUGUUCAACCCGGGAAAACUCACUCUAAACCGGAAUAUCAGACGCAAGACAGAACGUCCAUCUAGCCCUGCUCGUCGCUCUGCAACUACGAUCACUUUCACAAACAAGCCCGUCUCCCCUAAAACCCGAAUUCCGCGCCUCUCCGGGCAUGGCCAUGAUCGUUCUCAUUCUACCCACCUUGAACCCGUCUCUGAAAGCGGUGCUCCCCUCCAGCAGUUUCGAAGGCCGCAGUCGAGAUUUGGAGGUCAUAUAUCUCACUCUUCCCUUCCUACGCUUCCUACAUCUUCUCAUACUUCGACGCCUUCGACCCCCGGCCGUCGCAAUUUCGUCUUUAACCCUUCAAGGGAUAUUGUCAAAAAUGAGCCGACUACUACUAGUGCUCAGCUCUUGAGAGCAAAGAGAUCCAUGCCGGCCAUGCGUACUGCGCCCGGGUCUGCGACAGGGCUGUCCUUCCAGCGCUCUCCGGGACGUCACGACGGAGCUCCUCGGCCAUCUUCGUUGACUCGGCCAAAAACCCCGGUCGAACGCAUGACGAAUGACUCGCGCUUGGUAUCUAACCGCAGAACACCUGCGCCAUUUCUUCCAGCGGGCGCAUCUCAUGAUCAAUCCCAUCAUGUUAGCGUCAAACCCCGUAACCUUCGACGUAAGGACUCGGAUAGUUCUACAGAUACUCAUUAUACCCAGCGGCCGACCUCUCGUCAUUCAACUUCUACGCGGUCAGAUACUCCCGGUCGUUCUUCGACCGAAUUAGCCCCUGAGACUCUAGCGGCAGCUGCUAAGCGCACUAUCACCCGGCCAACCAGGAGGCGAAACUUCGGUGACGGAACCGAGCUCGAGUCGUUCGAUGAUCUUCCAACGUCCGCAUCAGCUGAGAGCAAAUUCGUCAAACAACCUGUCGGGCGCGGUGCUCCUAAAUCUCUCCGUCUUAAAUCGAAUCAGUCACAGACUUCGUCGGGAAACCGAACAGAGCAUCCCUUCCCCCCAACCACUCCCGUAACUUCUUCCAGGCCACAGGACUCUACUCCACGGUUUGCACGCGACACUGCUGCCUCUAGAAAUGCCAGGGAACAGCGCAUAGCUUCAUUGAACAUGAGCCUGAGGGACCGUGAUGGCGGCCCUCUAGCUCCUGUCAGUGCAAAUUGGAAGGCUCAAGCCGGCACUCAUGGCUCUAGCUCUUCGUCGACAAUCAAGAGCAGAAGAGGAAAGUCGGGAGGUUUAAACAAGCCUCACUUGAUCAAGCCGCUGGGAGCGGGCGUGCAUGAGGCUAAGUCCCUCAAGGGAAUGCAGUACAACCCUUCUACGUUCCGCUGGGAAGGGAACGAGAAUGCUUUGGCUGGCUUUGAUGCAUUGGCGUCUCCUAAAUCACCAAAGACGGCGCCGGCUCUGAUAACGAAUGUAGGUGCAAUGCAAGGUGUGCAGGUCGUUGGGGGCAUGGUCUUUGAUCCUCGGCGGAUGUGCUGGCUCAAGCUCGCGGCGACACAGCCCGGCACCGAAGGAGUCGCUGUGGUCGAUGAGGAUGAAGAUCCAUUUGCAGGUCUAGAGGAUCUUAAAGACAAUGUGUCGAAAUCACGUGGGCCCCAGGCAACGAAGACGUACGACUCGAACGAAGGCGAUGGCGCGGCAAGCGGUGAUGAUAGGAGCGGUGGUGAUUCUUCGGACGAAUGGCCGAUGACCGAAGAGUUCGACGUCGGACCAGAGUUUAUCAAACGACAAAGGGCGGAGGAAGAAAAAUGGAGGCGCAAAGUUGAUAAAUGGGUCAAUGCUGACCGUGGAAAGCUCGGCGACAGUUGGAGAUGGGCUAUUCGCAGCUUGGUCAGGACUGAUGCUGGGCAUUUCGACGCGGAGCCGAUUGAGACCGCAGAUAAUGGCAAUCGAUUCUUGCCCUGA